UCUUCUCUCUACCCCCUCCCCUCUCUUCUCUCUACCCCCUUCCCCACCCCUCUCUUCUCUCUACCUCUGAAGUCAGUGCUGUCUUUCUGUCCAUUGCUGUGGCUUUGACAGAGUGCUUUGAACUGAGAGCUGAUAUUCUACAGAUUGACCAGGGUGAAGGAGGACACGAGCGAACAUUGACCGUCUCCUGUGUGAGAUCUGAACUGGCCGUCGAGUGUCCUCAACAUCUUGGUAGGAGUGAGCUAAAAGAGGAAUACUCCGAACAGAUUAGGGCAGCGGACUAGCUGCAGUACUUUUGCAUAAUGACAGACAGCCCUGUGGAGACCGGUCCCAGCAGCCUCCGUCCCCUGGCCGUAACGGACCUCUCAGGCUUACUGUGUAACCAGUCAGCCUCUCUGGAGGACCAGGAUGUCCAGGGACCCCCGGUGCUGGUGGAUGCCUGGCUGGUGCCCACCAUGUUCAGCCUCAUCAUGCUGGUCGGCCUGGUGGGGAACUCUCUGGUCAUCCACGUUAUUACCAGGCACCAGCAGAUGAGGACCGUCACCAACUUCUAUAUAGUGAACCUGGCCACCACAGACAUAAUGUUCCUGGUGUGUUGUGUUCCCUUCACCGCUACCCUGUACCCUCUGCCAAGCUGGGUGUUCGGAGAUCUCAUGUGUCGUCUGGUCAGCUACCUACAACAGGUGACAGCCCAGGCGACCUGUAUCACUCUGUCUGCUAUGAGUGUUGACCGUUGCUAUGUGACCGUCUACCCUCUACAGUCCCUACGCCACCGCACCCCUCGCAUGGCCGUGACGGUCUCUGUUUCCAUCUGGAUAGGUUCUCUCCUGCUGUCAGUGCCUAUAGCUCUGUAUCAGCGUUUAGAAGAAGGCUGUUGGUUCGGUCCCCAGACCUACUGCAGCGAAGUGUUUCCUUCAGCCCGCCUCCAGAGAGCGUUUAUCCUUUACAGCUUCCUGGCUGUCUACCUGUUACCUCUCGUCACCAUCUGCUUCUGUUACGCCUUCAUGAUCAAACGCAUGGGACAGCCCUCGGUACAGCCCACCGACAGCAACUACCAGGUAAUAGCCCAAGCAGAACGUGGUGCAACAGUCAGGGCUCGUGUCUCUAGGAUGGUGGUGGUGAUGGUGGCUCUGUUCACUGUGUGCUGGGGGCCCAUCCAGAUCUGCAUCCUGCUCCAGGCCUUCGGACCACACCUGCGCUCCUACACACUCUACAAGGUGAAGAUCUGGGCCCACUGCAUGUCCUACUCCAACUCUUCUGUCAACCCUCUGGUCUACGCUUUCAUGGGCAACAACUUCAGAAAGGCCUUUAAAAAUGCCUUCCCCUCUGUCUUCAGCCCGCAGGGCCAAGGGAGAGGGGGGGGCAGGGGGAGGGUGGGGGAGGCAGGGAGGGAAGGGGGGGGGGCAGAGUGCCAGGCCCCCAACGUGGACACAGAGAUGCACUUUCUUUCAUCUGGGACCUGAAGGCCAAACGUCUCAUUAUUUAUUUACAGGUGCGUGUGUCUGUUAGCUAAUGCCUGUCGUGAUCUCUGAGACUGAGGUCCCAAUGUGUCAUGUGAUUUCUGUAACUCAUGUAAUAUGUCCCAAUGGGUCAUGUGAUUUCUGUAACUCAUGUAAUAUGUCCCAAUGUGUCAUGUGAUUUCUGUAACUCAUGUUACAUGUCCCAAUGUGUCAUGUGAUUUCUGUAACUCAUGUCCCAAUGUGUCAUGUGAUUUCUGUAACUCAUGCUACAUGUCCCAAUGUGUCAUGUGAUUUCUGUAACUCAUGUUACAGGUCCCAAUGGGUCAUGUGAUUUCUGUAACUCAGGUAAUAGGUCCCAAUGUGUCAUGUGAUUUAUGUAACUCAUGGUACAUCUCCCAAUGUGUCAUGUGAUUUCUGUAACUCAUGUAAUAUGUCCCAAUGUGUCAUGUGAUUUCUGUAACUCAUGUUACAUGUCCCAAUGUGUCAUGUGAUUUCUGUAACUCAUGUUACAUGUCCCAAUGUGUCAUGUGAUUUCUGUAACUCAUGUUACAGGUCCCAAUGUGUCAUGUGAUUUCUGUAACUCAUGUUACAGGUCCCAAUGUGUCAUGUGAUUUCUGUAACUCAUGUUACAUGUCCCAAUGUGUCAUGUGAUUUCUGUAACUCAUGUUACAGGUCCCAAUGUGUCAUGUGAUUUAUGUAACUCAUGUUACAUGUCCCAAUGUGUCAUGUGAUUUCUGUAACUCAUGUUACAGGUCCCAAUGUGUCAUGUGAUUUCUGUAACUCAUGUUACAUGUCCCAAUGUGUCAUGUGAUUUCUGUAACUCAUGUUACAUGUCCCAAUGUGUCAUGUGAUUUCUGUAACUCAUGUUACAUGUCCCAAUGUGUCAUGUGAUUUCUGUAACUCAUGUUACAUGUCCCAAUGUGUCAUGUGAUUUCUGUUACUGAUGUUACAGGUCCCAAUGUGUCAUGUGAUUUCUGUAACUCAUGUUACAUGUCCCAAUGUGUCAUGUGAUUUCUGUAACUCAUGUUACAUGUCCCAAUGUGUCAUGUGAUUUCUGUAACUCAUGUUACAUGUCCCAAUGUGUCAUGUGAUUUCUGUAACUCAUGUUACAUGUCCCAAUGUGUCAUGUGAUUUCUGUAACUCAUGUUACAGGUCCCAAUGUGUCAUGUGAUUUCUGUAACUCAUGUUACAUGUCCCAAUGUGUCAUGUGAUUUCUGUAACUCACGUUACAGGUCCCAAUGUGUCAUGUGAUUUCUGUAACUCAUGUCCCAAUGUGUCAUGUGAUUUCUGUAACUCAUGUUACAUGUCCCAAUGUGUCAUGUGAUUUCUGUAACUCAUGUUACAUGUCCCAAUGUGUCAUGUGAUUUCUGUAACUCAUGUUACAUGUCCCAAUGUGUCAUGUGAUUUCUGUUACUCAUGUUACAGGUCCCAAUGUGUCAUGUGAUUUCUGUAACUCAUGUUACAUGUCCCAAUGUGUCAUGUGAUUUCUGUAACUCAUGUUACAUGUCCCAAUGUGUCAUGUGAUUUCUGUAACUCAUGUUACAUGUCCCAAUGUGUCAUGUGAUUUCUGUAACUCAUGUUACAUGUCCCAAUGUGUCAUGUGAUUUCUGUAACUCAUGUUACAGGUCCCAAUGUGUCAUGUGAUUUCUGUAACUCAUGUUACAUGUCCCAAUGGGUCAUGUGAUUUCUGUAACUCAUGUUACAUGUCCCAAUGUGUCAUGUGAUUUCUGUAACUCAUGUUACAUGUCCCAAUGGGUCAUGUGGUCUUUUAUGUCUUUGUUCAGUUUUUUUUUACUGUCUGAUAUUCCUAUUAAUUAUGUUAAUAUGUAUUCCUAUUCAUUAUAUACAUUUGAUAUAUAUUAAUUAUGUUAAUCUUUAUUUCAAUUUAUUAUUAUGUAAAUGUUUUCUUCCAAUUCAUUAUGUAGAUUUUUAUUUCUAUAUUUGGUCUCUCUAGUCUAGAACAUAGUAGUAGUGUAGUACUGUAAUACUCUAGUACUGUAGUACUGUAAUACUCUAGUACUGUAAUACUGUAAUACUCUAGUACUGUACUACUGUAGUACUGUAAUACUAUAGUACUGUAAUACUGUAGUACUAUAAUACUGUAA